CUUUCUUCGGCAUAUCACUGUUCAAGAUGUUACUCUCCGCCUUAUUUCCUGUAGCUUCCCUUCUGGUUGCUCAAGCUUCUGCUCAUGGGGCUGUCACCAGUUAUCAGAUUGGGAGCACUGUUUACCCAGGAUACCAAGGAUACAGCCCAGCAUCCUCCCCACCAACCAUCCAACGCCAGUGGACAGAUGGAUACAACCCGAUCCUGUCAGUGACAAGCCCAAACAUGCUCUGCAACGGCGGCACUUCCGCAGCGCUCUCCGCAGAAAUUGCAGCUGGAACAGCCAUCACAGCAAAAUGGGCACAGUGGACACAUCAGCAAGGACCUGUCAUGGUCUGGAUGUACAAGUGUGCAGGCGAGUUCAGUGCUUGUGAUGGAAAAGGGAAGGGCUGGUUCAAAAUUGACCAGACAGGCUUGACUGCUCCUCCUAUCAGUGGCACCAGCUGGGGAACGAACAUUGUCUUUUCCAAAUUGGCUUACACCGUCACCAUUCCCAAGAGUCUUACACCAGGCAAUUAUCUUAUCCGACAUGAGCUUUUGGCUCUCCACCAAGCAAAUUCACCGCAAUUCUACCCAGAAUGUGCCCAACUCAAAGUCACUGGCACCGGAACUGCAUCCCCAGCGUCGAGCUUCUUGACCACCAUUCCCGGCUACGCUGCCGCCAAUGAUCCUGGUGUUCUGGUCGACACUUAUAUGACCAAAGCUACCAACUACACCUGCCCUGGUCCAGCUGUCUGGACUGGCUAGAUCGACGUGCUCACUGGGAAAGCAUAUCUUCGUUGUAGAGAAGUUCAAGAAGAAAUGGUGAUGAACGAAAUAAGAUGCAUAGGGGAGAUGAAAGACCUGACAUUUGAAUCUGUAUAUAUUUACUUCAACCAGUACACUUCGUAUCUAG